GUCUAGCCGGACAGUAGAGCAGAAGCUGACUGUGAAAGGGUGAAGGUGCGGAAGCGAAGCUUUGCUCCGCCGUGUUUGAUGGAGAGAACCCUUGGACAUAAGGACGUGGACAGCUGGAGAUGCACUCUGGGCACCUGGGCAGGCCGUUGGAGGCACCAGACCUAGAGGCAGAACAAGGGAGCUUCUCUCGCUCGGAGGGUGCCCGUGGGGAGACCCGAAGGUGUGGCGGCUCGCUCAGGGUGGAUGAGUGGGAGGGGGAGGAGAGUGUCUACGACCAGAGACUAGGCCUGCUGAAAAUGACUGAAUAUAAGCUUGUGGUAGUUGGAGCUGGUGGCGUAGGCAAGAGUGCCUUGACGAUACAGCUAAUUCAGAAUCACUUUGUAGAUGAGUAUGAUCCUACGAUAGAGGAUUCCUACAGGAAACAAGUAGUAAUUGAUGGAGAGACCUGUCUCUUGGAUAUUCUCGACACAGCAGGUCAAGAGGAAUACAGUGCAAUGAGGGACCAGUACAUGAGGACUGGGGAGGGCUUUCUAUGUGUAUUUGCCAUAAAUAAUACUAAAUCAUUUGAAGAUAUUCACCAUUAUAGAGAACAAAUAAAAAGAGUUAAAGAUUCUGAAGAUGUACCCAUGGUCCUUGUAGGAAAUAAAUGUGAUUUACCUUCCAGAACAGUAGAUACAAAACAAGCUCAGGAUUUAGCAAGAAGUUAUGGCAUUCCUUUCAUUGAAACAUCAGCAAAAACAAGACAGGGUGUUGAUGAUGCUUUCUACACAUUAGUUCGUGAAAUUCGAAAACAUAAAGAAAAGAUGAGCAAAGAUGGUAAAAAGAAGAAAAAGAAGUCAAAGACAAAGUGUAUAAUUAUGUAAAUAAAAUUUGUACUUUUUUCUCAAAGCAUACUUAAGAUAAUUUUUUGUACAUUAUACUAAAUUAUUAGCAUUUGCUUUUAGCAUUACCUAGUUUUCUUUCUGCUUCAUGCAAACUCUUAGCUUUUAUCUGAAUGCUUAUUUUAAAAUGACAGUGGAAACUUUAUUCCUCUAAGUGCCAGUAUUCCCUUAGUGUUGGUUCUUGAACUAGCAAUGCCUGUGAAAAAAAAAUUGAAUAUCUGAGAUUUUCCCUCUUGGGAUUUUUGGUGCAUGCAUACUUGCUAUAACUUUCUAUUUUUUUCUUGCCAGUUAUGAACUUAGGUGUUUUAACAAAUCAAUGAAGUAUAAUGUUACACAAUUUAAAAAUGAUCCCUAUACUGUGUUUUAUUUUAUCUGAUAACGGAUUAGUUCUUAGGUAUUUUAACUUCAGUUGAAACUUAAAUGAUUGGCUUUAUUAAUUUUGAGGAUAUAAGUAUCUCUUAUAGUCUUCCUAUAGAUUCAACUUAUAGGCAUCAAAUCCUAUAGUUUCAGAUCACCUUUAAUGAAUGUAAAGUAUGUCAUUUAGAAUUUUUAAAAAAUUUCCACUGCUACUAUUUGUCAUAGUCAAUCCUUUAAAAAUAUAUUUUUUCUAUAAAAAAGGAAAUAAAAUAAAAAUGUUCAAGGCAGUGGAAAAUAGUAAAGGCCUUUUUAUUUUCCUAUUUUAAAUUGAUUCAUUCAGGCAGAUUCUCAGUGGCCUUUACUUUUAAGGCAGACCUAGUAUAUGGUAGAGCAGAGGUGUCAAACUUGCAGAUCCCAGGCUGCUUGCUCCCUGGUGGGGCCAGAACUAGAUUUUUAAAAGUCACCAGCACCCACAGGGAUCUAUUUCUAUUGAGUUUGACACUACUGUAUUAGAGGGUACCGCACACACUAGAAGGAUAUUUGAAGUUGUAUUCAGACACGACUCUUUCAUGAUGGAAAAAGAAAAAUAUGAAGUGUAUACAUAGGUCAUAAUUCUAAUUUCUUAUUGCUUUUUCUCAGAGUAGCUUUAGAUCUUCCUUUGAACUUCUUUAUAAAUACUUCACUCAGUUUUCCUUUGAUUUGAAUCAUAUGGAAAACAUUAGCUUUAGUUUGUCAAAAAUUAACUAGCAACUAAGAUGCGUCUCAUAGCUAUUGAAUGUAGUUUCCAUUCUGGAUAAAAUUAAUUGUAACUUUUCUUAAAUGUUACUUACUAAAUUUAGGAUCAUGGAGCAUUGUCUAGGCUAUCAAGAUAUAUGCAGUACCAAGGGAAAGAAAUGGCCAUACUUAAGAGUUGUGAUGCAUAAAGGGAUUCAAAUGUAUUUUCUGUAGGGUUCUUGAAUUUUGAUGAAGCAGGGCAAUUAAAAAAACACUAUAGGACUGAUAAGUUAUUCUUCAUUACCUGAAUUGUGAGUGGUUUGACGAAGAGAAAAAGUUUUUGUAGAAUUAAAGGGUUGGGUGGGAAGGGAUAGGAAGGAGGAAUCCUAGAAGAUAAGCAUUUAUCUAAUUAUAAUAGCCUUAACAUUCAAAAUCCAAUACUGAAGUUGAGAAAAUUGACCUAGUCUUAGAAUCCCUAUAACAUGUUUGUGGAAGAACGUAGCAGAUGUGGAUAGUAUGCUUUUGAGUCAUUAUACAAAAAUUAGGACUUCUAGGUUCUGUUUGAACUGAGUCACACUGCAUAAAAAUUUAGAACCUAACUUUUGUAGAGUAUCUUUGUGACUUUUGUGCAGUUUUUUUAAACAUUUAUAGAAACUGGGGCAUGUUGAGUUGCAGUUUGCACAACUUGAUCUUAUUUGUAUUCCAAGUAGAUUUCUUUUAAUGUUUCAUAAGAACAUCUCAGAUUUUGUUUUGAUGGCAACAAAAAUUCGCAUCUUAAGUCAUAGGACAAUUCAUUAUCAAUUCUACUUGUCAGAAAGGAAUGCCUUGUAGCUUUAUGUAAUCUUGGUAAUCACCUUCUAAAAAACAACCAGCAAUUAAUAAUUAAGUUGAAAUUCUAGUUUUUAAUUGACUUUAGUUAUAAUCUUGGCUGUUAGGAAUUUCAUGUAGAGAAAAUCAAAUAGCAAAAAACUACUGGGACUAGUUCAGUACAGUAGGGAAAAUAAUUACUGUUUCUCAAAGUAACAUACUCAAGUUAGUUCUUGAGUUUUGUGUUAAUUACCAUAGCUUGACAUCCGUGUGUUAAGUCUAACAGCUCUAAGUGCCUACAUGGAAUGAUGAUAGUGUAAACAUACAGGUGUACUUAGAGAAAUAGAGGCGGCUGUCUGGAGAAAAUGUCAGACUUUUUGGGUAGUUUGCUACAUAAUGCUACAUGGGGCUACAUGAUCUAAAAGUUCCUAAUUCCACUGUCUUUUGUUACCAUGUUGAAAAUAGUUUUGCUUUUCUCCUUUUUUUGAGUGCCAACUUCUUACUAGAAACUUUCUUAAUGUAACAUGUUUACCUGGAAUGUAUUUUAACUAUUUUUGUAUAGUGUAAACUGAAACAUGCACAUUUUGUACAUUGUGCUUUUUUUGUGUGUGUCGGGGCAUAUGCAGUGUGAUCCAGUUUUUCUCCACCAUUUGGUUGUGCUGACCUUAGGAAUAUUGGUUGUACCAGACAUUAAAAAUUAAAAUGACCACUGUUUUAACUAAAAUUAACUUUUAAAUGUUCAUAGGAGUAUGUGCUGUGAAGUGAUCUAAAUUAUCAUAUUUUUGUCAUAAACUGUACUGCUCCUAAUUAUUGUAAUGUAAUAAAGUUAUUGUGGCUCUACUA